GUUAUAUGUAAACAAUUACGCUAUUCAACUGACAGUUUCAACGCAACGCUGCCAGCAAAUACACGUUCCAGAGCAAUAACAGCUGCUGGUAUUCAAACCGCACACACUUCAGGCAGAUUUUUUGGAUUACUUAUUGUUUAAUUGAGGUCAAUUGCGGACCAUGCCGCCACCGAUAGUAUACUACGAAGAUCCAUAUUGCGAUCGCCCUUACUAUAACAAUCGUCGUCCAGGUUUUGAGAUUGAUAUUUUUCCCGGAGGGAUUGUCGAUGCGUUCUUUAAUCCAGCUCCUCCACCGCCGCCUCCUCGCACAGAGAUCGUAGUUAUGACUCAGCGUAAUGCUGCCGGCUAUCCGCCACCACCACCUCCGCCUCCGCCUUAUAUGCCGCCGCAAGGACAAUACUACAACAACAAUAAUGGCAGUUAUAAUAACGGCGCUGGCGCCUACAGCUAUCCGCGACAUUACAAUAAUCCGCCAAAUCCGCGUUGGUAGCACUGAAAUAGCUGUGGGAAUUCACGUGAAUUCCAGUGAAAAGCUAAUUGAAGAUUAUAUACACAUAUAUUUCAUUAAAAUUGAACUGAGUGAUGUUUCUUACGCUUUCCCAAUAAAAAUGUUAAUUAUUUUAAGUUAUUUAUUUAAUUUAAUAAAUAUAUGUUUAUGAUAUAACUUAAUCAAAAGUGUAGUUUUCCAAAAGUGCUUAGAAGUGGUGUUUUUAUUCAGCUGUUUUCAGGAAGAAACGCUUAAGACAAUAUCCACUGACGUUAAUUUUUAUGUUACUGAAUGCAUUUAUGUUUAUCAACAUUUUAAGCUUUUACAUUAAAUUUAAAAGUGUUGAAAA